AUGAUCGAGCGCUGGCAUGGCUCCCUAAAAGCAGCUUUAAUGUGUCACGGGACAUCAGAUUGGGUUAAUACGCUCCCAACCGUUCUACUCGGUUUGCGAACCCACGUACAUCUUGACACUCAGGCCUUUCCGGCUGAGUACAUUUAUGGUACCUCUUUACGAGUACCCGGAGAAUUUUUCCUCCAAGACGACUUCACGCCAGAUCCACAGAUCUUUAUAGAUGACUUUCGUAGAUAUAUGCGCCAAGUCAAGCCUGUCCCUGCGGCUCACCAUCACAAACAGCGUGCAUUUUUCUUUAAAGAAUUGAAUUCCUGUUCAUACGUUUUUCUCAGCAAUGAUGCAGUACGGAAACCUCUGGAGCGGCCAUACUCAGGUCCCUUCAAGGUCCUACAGAGAAAUUCCAAAAAAGUCUAUACUAUUGAAGUCAAUGGCAAACCUCUUAGCGUUUUGGUAGAACGUUUGAAAUCCACGCAUUUCCUACUAAACGAUGUUAACCAAUCGCUUUCAGCGGAUAUACCUUCUACUUCUGUUUAA